AUGUCUAAUAGUUUAUCAGAUUAUGAUGACUCAGACGUGAGUCUUGAUGAAGAUGAUGAAGAAUUGAUAUGGAGAGUGUUUUUUAGUCAAGUUGAAAAAUUUAGAAAACAUCAAGUAGGGCUUAUUGAUGACGACAUUGAUGAUGAUGAUGAAGAAAUUGAAGAAUUUUUUCAAGAUUAUGAUAAUAAAAUACAUACAAGUGAAACUUUCUCAGAAGAAACAGAAGAUGAGGAUGAGGAUGAGGGUGAUGAUGAUGAGAGCAAAAUAGAUGAUUUUACUGACAUUGAUGAUCCAGAGUUGAUAUUGAAAUAUAAAAACCUAAUACAGGAAAAAGUUGAUAAGAAUUUAAGUGAUGAGGAGAAGAAAAAACUUUUAAUAGCAAGUUUUACUGAUGAUCAAAUGGAACGAUUUGAAGCUUUUCGAAGACUGACAAUUAAUAAACCCGGAGUGAAAAAAAUCGUUAAUGGAAUAGUGGGACACUCUAUUCCUCAAGCUAUUGCUAUAGUAAUUGCUGGUAUUACUAAACUGUUUUUAGGAGAAAUAAUUACUAAAGCUCAAGCUGUACAAGAACGUGAUGAUAAAGGGAAAUUAAUAAUGGAUAUUCAAGCUAAGAAAAAACAAAAAAAGUUAAUUAAAAGAAGUUUAGAAAAUGGUGAAGAAAUUGAAGUAGACGAUCAAUUUCUACGAUAUGAAGGUGAUAAAUUCAAACCACUUCAACCAAAUCAUAUCAGGGAAGCUUGGAGAUUAUACCAACUUGAAAAUAGCAGUGCUUUUGAUAAGAAUAAAAAAGAUGCGGAUUCAAUUUCCAACAAGUCUAAACAUUUUGCUUAA